UCAACAAGUCAUCCGAACUAAUUCGGCAUACGCCAUCUGAUAGUGGCGCUUACCGAGCAAGUUUCUUCGCGUGACCGGAUUUGUCCUCAAACCCGGAUUGGGCAUCGCAUGGGAUGAGAUUAGGAGAGCCAAACAGGUUUCCCCUGCCCUCUGUUAAUUAUAGUGGUGCCUUCUCUUCACUUUUACCUGUAAACCGUAACCUUUUUCCGGGAGGAUACCAGACUGCCCCAAGUCCAUAUGCCGCUGCUGGUUGUGCUUAAUCGGUUUACUUAAUUAUCUUUUGCCCGUAGUACGAACGCAUUAUAAAUGGUGUGACCCCACACGGCUAGCUAUCUGAAUCAGAUUGCUCCUUCAUUCUUGUCAUUUUAUUCACGAAAUGUAACAUAAUUAAAUAGUUUUCUUUCGAAUGUUCUCUGAGCAAUUAGUAAUAAGAAGAGGUAGUGGUUUGUUUUUAACUCAGAGGAUAACCGGGGCCGCAUUGCUAAGAAAACAAAAUGUUUAUUUUUAGUUGCCGUUGGUCACACGGCCAGUAGCAAUUAAGAGCGACUGAUGCGAAAAAGAUCUGAUUCCCGAGAACUAGGUUUUGAGAUGGAAUGCAAAUUUUUGCUGAGUGGCACACACAUACACACACCACGCACGGAGGGGAAGAAAUGGACACAGACAACAUCCCAAACACUUGGUUGGUUUGUGGCAAUGAAGCAACAAUGUUGAGAAGACAGCUCCAUCCUGCGGCUUUGAGUUAAAGAUAGAAUUCAACACGGCUGCAUCUAUGGAUAUGACCUACAAAAAGAACGGCGCACCAUCCACUGCCAGAUUAGAUGUAUUUAGGAUUUGUUUGAAACACACAUCACGUAGUUGAAAGAGCAGCGGACAGAGGUUUGCUAUAUUUAAAUAGAAUUUACUGCUAAGGCUUCACACCGCAGGGAAGCGAGAGUUGAAAUAUUUGAAUUUGAAGCGAUGUCUCCGUGCGUGCACGUUCUGAGCGCCGUAUUUUUAGUUCCCCUGCAAACCCGGGUUUGGUUUUAUUCCGUGUGUUUUUUUUAUACUUUUUCCCGGCUCUUUCAUUUGCGGCGGUGUCAGAAGUCCAUGCUGGACGCUGGCGGAUGUUUCGGGGCGUUCGGAUCUGUUGCACAUCAGAUUGUUGCUGUUACGAGAGGAAGGCUCGGGCAGGGGGAAGAGAGGAGCCACUUCACCAGUUUGCACAACCUCUGCCGUUUGCUGCUGAAAGUGCCAACUUGUUUGUUUCUUUGACGUGUCUCAUCUGCCCUUCUUCCCUUCCUCAUCCUGCUCUCUGUUCUCCGUUUCCUCGCUCUCUCGGAGCCUUCGCCUCCUCAGCUGUUACCAGGAGGGGGCUGAGUGAGGGGACGUGGGUGAAAAAAAAAAUGCCGAAGCCAUUCUGAACGGCCCGAAGAGCCGGGCAGAUCCGCAGGGCCGGUGCCAAGCGUCGGGGGAAGAAAGGGUUGGUUCUCGUUUUCUUUUCUUUUCCUUCUUUUGGUUCCAUUCUUCAACUUUGAUGGCAAUGCCAUGGAGGAUGCACCGCUCCGCAAAGUCAAAACAAGACGCAAGAAGUGCCCGUGCGUCCCGGGGCUGCCUCUGGACACGGGAGGCUGCGAGGACGAGUUCGACUGCAAGGAGCUGGAGUCUCUCUUUCAGAAUUACAACCUCAAGCUGGAACAGACUGCCACCCUCAAGGCGUUGGCCGUACUCAUCAUCAUGACGGCCACGCUAGCCAUCGUGGAGUUAAUGUCCGGCCCCAGCCUGACCAUCUCCAAGGGCUCGCACCCGGUUCACUGCAUCAUUUUCAUGUCGCUCUUCAUCGUGACCAACGUAAAGUACCUACAGGUCACCCAGCUACAGCAGAUCGUCAAACUCACGCUGCUCUUCGCCUUCACUUUCUCCUUCCUGUGCUGCCCCUUUUCGCUGGGAUCCUACAGCUUGGAGCCGCCGACCUCUCCCGAGCACGGCAUGUGGCAGCUCAUGCUGGUCACUUUCGUCGCCUACUCGCUGGUGCCGGUACGGACUUUGCUGGCUAUCAUCUUCGGCCUGAUGGUGGCCGUCUCUCACAUCAUCGUCACCGCCACCUCGGUCACCUCCAGGAGGCAGAGGCUCUGGCGCACGCUUGUGGCCAAUGCUGUUCUGUUUGCCAGCGUGAACAUGUCUGGGGUGUUUGUGAGGAUCCUGACAGAGAGAGCCCAGAGGAAAGCCUUUCUUCAGGCGAGGAACUGCAUCGAGGAGCGCCUCCGCCUGGAGGAUGAAAAUGAAAAACAGGAAAGACUUCUAAUGAGCCUAUUACCCAGAAAUGUAGCUAUGGAAAUGAAAGAAGAUUUCCUCAAACCUCCAGAAAGGAUAUUUCACAAAAUAUACAUCCAAAGACAUGACAAUGUCAGCAUUCUAUUUGCUGAUAUAGUAGGCUUCACCAGUUUGGCAUCGCAGUGCACCGCACAGGAACUAGUAAAACUUUUAAAUGAACUUUUUGGCAAGUUCGAUGAGCUGGCUACUGAGAAUCACUGUCGAAGAAUUAAAAUCCUUGGAGAUUGCUAUUAUUGUGUAUCAGGUCUAACUCAGCCGAAAACAGACCAUGCUCAUUGCUGUGUCGAAAUGGGAUUAGAUAUGAUUGAUACAAUCACAUCCAGGGACCAAUCCGUUAAGCAGUUUGUGGGUCCUAAGAAGAGUCCUCAGAAGCAACGAUUCUCUACUUCCAAUUGCCUCAUGGAACAACGGUCUGUGGCUGAAGCCACCGAAGUUGAUCUUAACAUGCGUGUGGGCCUACACACAGGAAGAGUGUUGUGUGGAGUCCUUGGUCUCCGCAAGUGGCAGUAUGACGUGUGGUCCAAUGAUGUAACCCUGGCUAAUGUAAUGGAAACCGGUGGUUUACCUGGAAAGGUUCAUAUAACAAAGACCACCUUGGAGUGCCUGAAUGGAGAUUAUGAAGUUGAAGCAGGAUAUGGGCAUGAGAGAAACAGUUUCCUUAAAAAGCAUAACAUUGAAACCUUCUUCAUUGUGCCCUCUCAUCGAAGAAAAAUUUUUCCAGGCUUGAUCCUUUCAGACAUAAAGCCAGCAAAGAGAAUGAAAUUUAAAACGGUGUGCUACUUAUUGGUCCAACUCAUGCACUGUCGAAAGAUGUUCAAAGCCGAAAUCCCCUUUUCCAAUGUGAUGACAUGUGAAGAUGAUGACAAGAGAAGAGCACUGAGGACAGCAUCUGAAAAAGUCAGGAAUCGAUCAUCAUUUUCCACAAAUGUUAUACAUAACACUCCAGGAACUCGAGUGAAUCGAUACAUCAGUCGCUUAAUUGAAGCUCGGCAAACAGAGUCUGAAAUGGCAGAUUUACAUUUUGUUACUUUAACAUACAAACAAAGUGAAAGGGAGAAAAAAUAUCAUCAGCUUCAUGAUGAAUAUUUUACGAGUGCAGUCAUCCUCUCGUUGAUACUUGCUGCCUUAUUUGGCUUUCUGUAUCUUCUCAUAAUACCACAGAGCACAGUGGUCCUUGUCCUUCUGGUGUUUUGCAUUUGUUUCCUGGUUGCUUGUAUCAUGUAUCUCCAUGUCACACGAGUGCAGUGUUUUCCAGGAUGCCUGACAAUACAAAUUCGAACUAUUAUCUGCAUCUUCAUAGCUGUGUUAACUUAUGCUGUGGCCCAGGGAUGUGUGGUUGGCUGCAUGCCUUGGGUAUGGACUACCAACUCCAGCACCUCUAUUGUUAUUGUUGCUCCUGAUGGAUUCAAUAAAACAAUGAAUGAAUUGCCCUGUGAUGCAGCGCAUUAUGCUUUCCUUGCAUGUGUUGUCGGAACACUAAGUCUUGCAAUAUUCCUUCGUGUAUCUUCAUUACCAAAAAUGAUCCUCCUGUUCAUCGUCACUAUUUUAUACAUAGUAGUUUUUGAGAUUAGUGGAUACAGAAGAGCAAUGGGAGGCAGCUCAUUUUACAUACGAGGAUAUGAAUCUAUUUUGGCAAUCCUGCUUUUCGCUUGUGCUCUUGGACUUCACUCUAGACAAUUAGACCUAAAGUUGCGAUUAGACUACCUCUGGGCAGUGCAGGCAGAAGAAGAGAGAGAUGAUAUGGAAAGAGUAAAGCUUGAUAACAAACGGAUUCUCUUUAAUUUACUGCCAGCACAUGUCGCACAACAUUUUCUGUUGUCCAAUCCUCGGAAUAUGGAUCUCUACUACCAGUCAUAUUCACAAGUGGGUGUGAUGUUUGCCUCAAUUCCCAAUUUUAAUGACUUUUAUAUUGAACUAGAUGGUAAUAACAUGGGAGUUGAAUGUUUACGCCUUUUGAAUGAAAUAAUAGCUGACUUCGAUGAGCUAAUGGACAAAGAUUGCUACAAGGAUAUAGAGAAAAUCAAAACAAUUGGCAGCACUUACAUGGGAGCAGUUGGGCUUGUACCUACAACUGGAACCAAGGCAAAAAGAUCAAUAUAUUCCCAUCUGAGUACUCUGGCAGAAUUUGCAAUAGAAAUGUUUGAUGUUCUAGAUGAAAUCAACUAUCAGUCAUACAAUGACUUUGUCUUGAGAGUUGGAAUAAAUGUUGGACCUGUAGUGGCGGGUGUGAUUGGAGCAAGAAGACCACAGUACGACAUAUGGGGAAACACGGUAAACGUUGCCAGCAGAAUGGAUAGCACAGGCGUUCAAGGCAAAAUACAAGUAACAGAAGAUGUCCAUCGAAUACUCAACAAGUGCAACUUUGAGUUUGUCUGUCGUGGCAAAGUCAGUGUUAAAGGAAAAGGAGAAAUGCUGACGUAUUUCCUUGAAGGAAAAGUGAAUACUAAUCCACAAGCAAGUUCAACAAAUUUAGGGAGAAAAAUAUUUUCACAUGGAAGAGCAAAACUAGGGACCAGCUGUCCCUCAGUGUCAUCAGUGGCCAGUUUCACAGUAAAGGCAGGACUUGGGACACUUCACGCUGCUACAAUGCAAACAAAUCAACCUGUGCAUUGUAUUCCACCCAUACCUGUUGUUGAAGAAGCAUAAUGAAUGUUGGCACAAAAAUGAAGUCUGCCUUUUGAGCUGUUCAAUGGGAGAAGAUCAGUUAAUAUUGACAGCGUGCACUGAUCAUGCAAGAAGAUUCAGAUGUUUGGAAGUCCAGCACAGAAAAGAAGAACGUCUUCCUAGAACAGUCACCAGGAUUAUAUAGGCCAUCUGCCACCAGAAUUGCUGCGAUUGAAACCAAAGGCUAAAGAUUUGGGUCGUGUGAGAAAUGUUGCUUGGACUGGCACAUUAAGGGCUAACUACCUGUUAGAAGCAGCAAAGAACUACAUUUCUGGCAUAGAAAAUUAUCUUUUUAAGUGAAAUGAUGAAUUUUAGAAGCCUGAAUAACUUAUGACUAGAAUUUGUACAUUAUACCAUUUCUGUUUGUUUUCUAAAUGUACAAAAAACAUACUACCAUAUGACUUUAAGUUACAAAGUAAGUACUUUUUACUUCAGCUGCCAAUAGACAUAUCCACACAUUAUUAAAUUAUCCAUUAAAUAUUGCCUUAUUUAUUUUUUGUUUCAUUUGUUUCAUACUUUCCAUGUCAGCCUUUCUCAUACCAUUCUCUGCAAGAAUUUAUGGUACUGUAUAUAUUCUCUGUAAAUAAUUAAUGAUUAUACAGUAUGGAUUGUGUAUGAUAUUUAUAAAAGCACAUGUCAGGUGACUAAUUAAUUUUUAUAACAAAGUUUUAUUUAUGUACGCAUGACUGUUGACACAAUUUUAAAAACUGCUAUUCUUCUUUUGUUGGCCUCCACAACUGAUAUUAAAACCUAUCAAAUAUCAAAGAUAGAGAACUCCCAUUGAUUAUAGAUAAUCUUUGUCAAAAGAUACAGAAUUUUACAGCAUUUAUUGAAUGGUGAAAGCCUUUCUCUUGCAUUUUGUCCCCAUAACUAUUACUCAGUAGCAAUAACAUCAACUAUAAGAAUAUGUAUAGUGUAUUCUGUCAGAGAAAAGGGGAUGUUAUUAAAUUCAUUCUGUACUAUUGAUUCUAAUAUUUUCACAACCUAAUCUGUGUGAACAUUAUAUAAUGAAGAUAACAACUUUGCAUGUGGGAAAGGCAGGUUGAGCACUGUAAAAAUUUUCAAGCAUUGUGGCCUCUGUAUUUAAGUCCAAUAUUUUACAACCAUUAAUUUUAUGCUGUGUCACAUGACAAAAAAACAUUGCUAUGAGUUUCAUUUAAAAAAAGAACUGCAGCAAGCUUGCUAAUUUUCCACAUUUAAAUACGGGUCUAUUUUUAUGUGCAUAUUGAAUAUUGUAAGAUAUCUUUCACUCCCUUUUGGAACUGCAAGAAUUAACUUAAGAAUCCAAUAUUUGUCUGAACUUUAAUGUUAAAAGUGGAUAAUAUUCAUGGAAAUGUUAAAUGUGAAUGUAAAUUUCUAAUUAUAACUUUUUAUACUAAGUGUUUGCACUAUUAUAAUUUCUUUUGGGUCUUAUGAAAAAGUAAAAAAAAUGUUUUAAAAAUUCAUCCUUUUCUCAGAGCAUUUGUAAAUAUGUAUUAUGGUAUUUUGUUUAAAAUUUGCAACGUAUAAUGCUGUACCAGAGAAUUUCUCACACUUUAGGUUCAAAAUUUGAAAUAUUUGGGUAAUCAACAAGUCAUCUUCUGCUAUAUCCCAUGCUAAACAUUUCCAGCAAGGGUCAUCACUGCAGAUGGAGAAAAUCUCUUUUGUAAAUGUUUCUGUAUUUGUUAAACAAACAAUUGUAGAAUUUUGAGCAAUUACUUCAGUCUAGCAAUUGUUUUAAAAGUGACAACCUAUAAUUUAAUAUCUUGGAGUGAGAAAUCUGGCUUGUUAACCCACAAACUAUGGGAACUGUUUUCAGAUCAAAAAGGUGCCUUUUGUUCUAAUAUCCAAUGUGUGGGAUGUCACAUUGGAGACAGAAGCAAUGCAUGUGUACAACAUUGCUACAUAUAUGCUGAAUGAGUGAAUUGUAACACUAACCAUACUGCAAUUUAGGUUCUGUAUCAUUGUGUUAAAUUUCAAUCCUCGAGGCCAGGCUCCAUUUUGUAUGACUAAAAUUAUAUUAAAUUAAAUAUGCAUUACAAAGCAAAGUGAAAUCAUCUUCAGUUUUUAGUUGGCUUAUCUAUAUCCAGAAACUAUUAUCCACUGUGCCACAGGGGCAAGUGGGUCUGUGGGGACCUGAUGGCAGGCAGAUACAAUACGUUCAAGUAACAGCUUUGAACCAAUGAUGCCAGCAGCCCAGAGAACCACAUCGGGUCAGUAGUUCUACUAGCAAUUAAUGAGUUGAAAUUGUGUCUGUGC